AUGUCUAUGGUAGUGGCAAGUAAAGUUCGUGGAGUUAACUCGACUUAUGGAAGGGGAAAGGUACCCUUUGACAAAGCGUCGGACGAGAGUUCAUUAGCAGCAGCGGUCACAUGCUUCGUUUCGUCGCCGGGCCAGUGUGUCAGGAGCGAGCGACGUGACCCUUCUACCUCCGCCGUUGAAUGGGACUCCCUUUUGACUUUCCCGUGUUAUUCCAUUAUCUCACUAUCUGUCUUUUUCAUAUCUAUCUGUCUUUUUCAUAUCUAUCUAUCUACCUAUCUGUCUGUUUAUUUAAAAGAUAAGGAGAAAAAUUCACCCCUCUCUCUCUCUUUCAUACAACUUUUAUUUCUUUUUCUUUAUUACUCAUUCCUUCCCUUCACUACGUUCCCUCCCUUGUUAUCUCAUGAAACCUAUCUGUCUAUCUAUCUCAGUCAUUUUCAUAUCUAUCUAUCUAUCUAUCUAUCUAUCUAUCUAUCUAUCUAUCUAUCUGUUAUAUUCCGUUAUAUUACAGUUUGUGUUCCUUGUCUUAUUAUACUGAUCAAUUCACAACAUAUUACCCAUAAAUAUGAAGAAAUUCCUUCUCGGAAUAAGACUGGUCAUUAA